AAAACUAAAUAAUAAUAAAAAAAAAUGAAAGGUAAAAAUCAUAUUAAUAUCGAAGAAUACACUAAAUAAAGAUAUCAAAUUUAAGAUUAACAAAGGAAACCAACAUAUAAGCCAUACCCACAUUAACGUCCUGGCCCAAACAAAGAAUUUUAAAAUUGUUCUUAAAUUGAGCCUGAUAUAAAAUUAAAAGAAUUUAAUUUUGCAACACUUCCAAUUAAAAAUAUAAGAAAAUUUAAUUGGGAAGAAAUAAGAGCUGUAGCAAUAAGUUAAUCAGGUACUUAAGGUGUAAUAUUUGUAGAAUCUGAUGAAGGAGCUAUAGUAGUAAAAGGCUCAUCAGAUAUGGCUAUAGAUUUUUUCUUGUAUAAAUUAGCUAGAGUUAUGAAUGUGAAUGUUCCAACUUUGAGAAUAGUGCGUUAUUAUGAUUAAGAGUUUGAUUUAAUUUUACAUAAUUUGCAAAGAGCAACUUUUUGUGAUGAAGUUUUAGGGCGAAGAGUUAGUUCUAGACUAGAUAUGCCAUUCCUUUAAGUAAUGGAAUAUAUUCCAGGAAUAUCUGUAGAAUAAAUGGGUCCUCAUAGAGCAGCAUUAAUUUUUGAUCAUAUAACACCUGAAUCAAGAGAUAGACUAAUCAGAUUAGGAAUGAUUUUGGCUUUUGAUACACUAAUAAAUAACUCAGACAGGUAUCCUUUAAUCUGGGAUGGAGAUGGAAAUGCAGCAAAUAUAAUAGUGAAAAUGAUGACAAAUUUUUUAACCAAAACUGAAUAGUUAAAAGAUAUUAAUAAUCUUAAUAUUGAUUUUGAAAAGUUUUAUGCAAUUGAUAGUGGAUGGGGAUAAGUCAAUACAACUAACGAAUAGGGUUUAAAAGCUCUUUAAAUAUAUUAUAAUAAGCUUGAAGAUUUUCUAAGUAGUCUUUUUGAAGAUAUGAAGUAAGUUAUGAUGGCUUAAAUUGAUCCUUUGACCGAAAUCGGUAAAGAUGGAAAAAAGAAAGCAAGUAGUUGCUUAAAUAAAAUAACAAAUUACCUCUAUAAUUAUACUCUUUAUCAUUUAUCAGAAAUGUAAGUUUUCUAAAUUAUGUUGGGUAUAAUUACGGGAAUUGAAAAUGCUAUUUAAUUGGGAAUUAACAGAAUUUCAGCAAUGUAUUAAAAGUUUUUUUUGAGAGAAAAAGAUGAUUGGAAAGGAGUAUGGAAUAAUAAUCUAAGGAAAAUAAAUCUUUAAAUGUAUAAUGAUUGUAUUAUAAUUUAUAAUAAAUAGAGGUAAACCAAUUCCGAUGUUAUAAAAUGGGUAAAAGAUAUAACUUUAAAUUAAUAUAAUAUAAAUCUAGAAGAAUUUUAAUAAAUUAUGGAAGGAAAUCUUGAAUAAAUUGAAUUUAGUGAUUAUAAUAAUUAAUCUAAUUUAUAAAAUUUAUUUGAUGAUAAUAAUAAAGACAACCAAAGUAUAGAUAAUUAAUAAAUUAAUCAUUCACUUUAGAAAUAUGAAAUAAUCAAUAAUUCUCAAAUUAAUAAAGAUGAUUAACUCUAAAACUUAUAAAUUAAUGAAGGCUAAUAAAAUAUUAACUUAAAUAAUAUUUAAUCAGAAAUAAAUGAAAAUGAUUCUAAUCAUCCUUUAAAUAUAAAAAUAAAGGAAAUUUUUGAUGUUUAAUUUUGAAUUCACAUUAAUAAAAGCUUUAUAAAAUAAGCUUUUAACUUAUAAAAAUUUAUAUUUGUUUAAUUGUUUACUU